AUGGCACGUAGUCAACAAAGACAACAACCGAUGUCGAUUUCGACAGUCAAUUUAGAUGUCGAUGAUAUUACGACGUUGCACAGAGAAGAACAUAUACCAUCGCAUAACUUCGGUGAUGAAACACUAUCAGAGCCAGACAAUACACGAAGCCGACGACUUUUGAUACUUUUUAUUGUCGUGUUUAUCAUUAUUAUUUUGAUAUCCCUCGCUGGAUUUAUUAUGGCGAUCUGCGCACUUGUGUUAAGCAAGAGUGAAAGUACGAACUCAAUUUCGACAACAACAGUCGCAUCUACUUCUGCAACUACACCACCCCAAUGUUCACCGUCACCGGCUACAUAUUUUCAAUAUACGACUGUUACUCCCCCUCAAUGCUUAAGUUACACGCUCAACACUGAUGCAACACGAAACAUUGGUUACACAUCAUCGAUUAAUUAUUGUGAUGAUGUAGCACCGUUCUCUAAUACCACAUCUGUAUGGAUUCGUUUUCAAGAACCAGCAGGAACAUUGCUGGCCAGUUCUCCUGUAUCACCAAAUUACUGUGGUACAGUUGUCACUGGAUGGUAUGCAGGACAAUAUCCAUCACCAGUUUUUACUACGGCUACAAGUAUUGUCUGCUUUUACUAUGCAACAAAUACUUGCAGUUCUUGUGCUACAAUAUCAGUGACGAAUUGCUUAAAUUUCUAUGUCUAUUUACUACCUGAACCACAAUCAUGCAAUUAUCGUUAUUGUACUUUAUGA